AUGAGGCCGUCGACCCCCAACCCACCCCCAAGGCCCCGAAUCAAAGCAACCGUCCAUCCAAAACCACGUCACGACACCUCCUCCAUCUUCCCUUUCGACAACCUCACACUUGCAGUCAAGAACAUCCAGCUCCAUCACGCGCUCAAACUCACACGCUCCGGAACGGCUCCUCACACACAGAUGGAUCCAGGAGCAGACGUCGACGCAGCCGCCAUGGCCGCCGCCAUGGGCUUCUCAACCUUUGGUGCGCAGGACCGCCCCCAGAAGAAGAGGCGAUAUAAUCCGGCCGUGGACACAGUCACGUCAGUCGCACAGCCUUUGUCUGGUCCCCAAGCUGCCCCAACGGGAUCCAAUUCAACGCCGCUGGGAAACCACAGCAGCAUGUCGAAAGGGGAACCAGGGGCGCAAGCAAAUGCAGAUGAGAUCGACUUGGACGACGAAAAAGACCGACAUGAGAGCACGCCCCAAGAGCGCUCUGGAGAGACGGCACCCCAAGCACAUCCCCUUCAUCACGGCUUACCAGCCCGUCCUGCCCCGGGAACAGACUCUGCCGGAUCACCAAUGCAGUCUCCAGGUCGUCAUGGUGUGUCGCAAACGGGAGGCUCAACAGUCUGGUACGAGGGCUACUACGAUAGCACGUCGAAUGAGAAUCCAUGGGAACGCCUUGAAAGGAGGAUGGGUCUUGAGUCAAUGGGCACUUGGGUUGCCAGACAAGCACAUCCAGCACCUGGUGUUUGA